AUGUAUGCUUGUAUGAGAACAUGUUUAUUUAUUUGAUUGCAUGUUCUACAUGCAAAGUGGUAUAUAUAAAUGACCUAAUAUGCGUCAACAACUAAUGCAUUGUUCAAAAAAAAGAACAUGAUGCGUCAUUUGUAAGUUACUACAUGCAAUGUAGAGGAUUACUACCGCAAUAUUUACUCGAUAAAUUUUCAAUAUUUUGCAGGCCAAGUAGAAAGUUGUGCUACCCUGAUCUUAUGUGAUAAUUAUUAUGGUUUGAUGCUGCAUCACGAGUCAGUUAAUUCUAUAAUCUUCAUUAUGCACGUAUCACCUACGUAGCAGAUAAUUUUUAGUUGGAUAGGUUGGCUCCCCGCAAGGCCAAAGGCGUGUUCAUGGUGGUUAUGCUGUGUGGUUUUGAAGUUGGCGAGGUUAGGUUACGAUAAAUAUUGAGGAAAUUAAGAGAAAUAAUUUGAUUUUCAUUCACUAUUAACAUGUCGGAAGGUCGUGGGGCUGUUGUGGUGAAAGCUAAGAGCGAAAGAAAAGUGUUUAAACAUACAGUAAAGUCCGUCAACAAGAUCCCGGAUGAACUCCUACACGAUGUUAACCUUAGAAAUGCAGUGACUGUUCUCCCACAGAAUUACAAUUUUGAGAUACCCAAAACAAUCUGGCGCAUACGUCAGACAGGGGCGAAAAGAGUCGCACUUCAAAUGCCAGAAGGAUUGGUGAUGUUUGCCACUACAAUUGCAGAUAUAAUUGAAAAGUUCACAGAAGCCGAUACUGUUAUAAUGGGCGACGUGACGUAUGGUGCUUGUUGUGUUGACGAUUAUACAGCUAAAGCCCUAGGUGUUGAUCUUUUAGUUCAUUAUGGACAUAGCUGCCUGAUUCCCAUUGACCAAACAUCAGGGAUAAAAAUGUUAUACAUAUUUGUAGAUAUUAAGAUUGAUGCUCUUCAUUUCCAUAAUACUGUGAAGCUUAAUUUUCCAAAGCAUUUGAAGCUAGGUUUGGUGAGUACCAUUCAGUUUGUUGCCACACUGCAAGGAGUUGCAGCUGAACUCAGGCGAGAUGGAUAUCAAAUCACAAUACCUCAAAGUCGACCUCUUUCACCAGGUGAAAUUCUAGGAUGCACAGCACCUCAAAUCCCUGAUGUAGAUGUCCUUAUUUAUUUGGGAGAUGGCCGUUUUCAUCUUGAAGCUGCUAUGAUAGCAAAUCCAAAAUUAAAAGCAUACAGAUAUGAUCCAUAUGACAAGAAGUUUACAGAAGAAUUCUAUGAUCAUGUUGAGAUGCGAACUGUAAGGAAACAAGCAAUCAGUGAGGCAAGUAAUGCUUCAAGAUUUGGACUAAUCCUUGGAACUCUAGGCCGCCAGGGGAGCACAAAAGUUUUGGAGCACUUUCAGGAUCGUUUGAGUAAAGUAUCUAAAGAAGGUGUGAUUGUUUUGCUUUCGGAGAUUUUUCCGGAUAAACUGCGUUUGUUUCCUGAUAUUGGAGCUUGGAUACAAGUUGCCUGUCCACGACUUUCCAUAGACUGGGGCAAGGCUUUUGAUAAACCUCUGCUGACACCAUAUGAAGGGGCCAUUGCACUUCGUGAGGCAGAAUGGCAAGCUGAUGAGGAGAGGAAUUAUCCCAUGGAUUUCUAUUCUAAUGACAGUCUUGGGCCAUGGACACCAAAUCACAAACCAACUGCAGUAGUAAAAACUGAUGACAAAUGUUGUGAUAAGUGUAAAUGAAGAGAAGCAAAAUAUAGAUUGUGCCUACCUUGUUUAUAUGGCUGUGCAUCACAGCUUA